GAUGCGAGAAACGCGUGGGCCAUCGUCUUUGUCGCCGUUGUUUAAACGAGAAUCGCUGUCGCCUUGUGGAGAUCGGGGAGUCCGUUAGAGUUCCAAACACGAGUCUGCAUGAACAGUUGGCCCAGUCGAGAUUUGCGGGGUUUUGUUUAUUUAUUACUUUACUUGGGCGGGAAAUAGCACGGCUCGUCUUCUUUCUAGGGUUUGUUCCUUCUCUGCCGUGUCGCUUUCGAUUUUAGAGUACAACGGCGAGCUUACCGGCGGUGGUCUGCAAGAUGAGCUUCGGGAGGGGCGCCAAGGUGUGGGCGGAGGAGAAGGAAUUGGGGUGGAUAGAGGCCGAGGUCGUCGAGGUCAGAGAUAAGUCGUUCGUUGUAGAAACACCUCAGAGAAAGAAGGUGUCAGUUUCGGUGGAGAAAUUAUUGCCGCGGGAUCCGGAUGCGGAGCACGGAGGUGUGGAUGACAUGACUAAGCUGACCUAUCUCAACGAGCCUGGGGUUCUUUAUAAUUUGGCUAGGCGAUAUGGGCUUAACGAGAUAUAUACAUAUACAGGAAGCAUAUUGAUAGCUGUAAAUCCAUUCAAGAAGCUUCCUCAUUUAUACAAUGAACAUAUGAUGGAACAAUAUAAAGGUAUUCAGUUUGGCGAACUGAGCCCUCAUGUUUUUGCUGUGGCUGAUGCGUCAUACAGAGCAAUGAUGUGUGAAGGUAGAAGCCAGUCUAUUUUGGUUAGUGGAGAAAGUGGUGCUGGGAAGACGGAGACAACAAAACUGAUCAUGCAAUAUUUAACAUAUGUUGGUGGUCGGGCAGUUUUUGAUAACCGUUCGGUGGAGCAACAAGUCCUUGAAUCAAAUCCACUUUUGGAAGCAUUUGGCAAUGCAAGGACAAUUCGAAAUGAUAACUCAAGUCGUUUUGGAAAAUUUGUAGAAAUCCAGUUUGACGCAAAUGGUAGGAUAUCUGGUGCAGCAAUUAGAACUUACCUAUUGGAGAGAUCUCGUGUUGUUCAAAUUAGCGAUCAUGAAAGGAACUACCACUGUUUUUACCAGCUCUGUGCGUCAGGAAAGGAUGCAGAGAAGUUCAAAGUUGGUCAUCCAAGCAGCUUUCACUACUUGAAUCAAAGUAAAACGUAUGAGUUAGAUGGGAUUAGCAAUGCACACGAGUAUUUAAAGACAAGAAGAGCGAUGGAUAUAGUUGGCAUAAGUCUUGAUGAUCAGGAAGCUGUUUUUCGUACAAUAGCUGGGAUUCUUCAUCUUGGGAACAUUGAGUUUUCUCCUGGAAAUGAGCAUGAUUCUUCAGCAGUGAAAGACAAAGUUUCAAAAUUUCACCUUCAGAUGGCAGCUAAGCUAUUCAUGUGUGAUGCUGAGCUUCUACAUAAAACACUAUGCACCCGCUCAAUUCAAACUCAUGAGGGAAAUAUUGUUAAAGCACUUGACUGUUCUGCUGCUGCAGCUGGCCGUGACGUUCUAGCAAAGACUUUAUACGCCCAGAUAUUUGACUGGCUUGUUGAUAAUAUUAACAAAUCAGUUGGGCAAGAUCUGAAUUCAAAAAUGCAGAUUGGAGUCCUUGACAUAUAUGGUUUUGAAUGCUUUAAAAACAACAGCUUUGAGCAGUUCUGCAUUAACUUUGCUAACGAAAAGCUUCAACAGCAUUUCAAUGAGCAUGUCUUUAAGAUGGAGCAGGAGGAAUACAAAAAUGAGGAAAUCAAUUGGAGCUAUAUUGAAUUCAUCGAUAAUCAUGAUGUUGUGAAUUUAAUUGAGAAGAAGCCAUUCGGCAUAAUCUCCCUUUUGGACGAAGCAUGUAUGUUUCCUAAAUCAACCCAUGAAACGUUUUCAACAAAGCUUUUUCAAAACUUCCGUAAUCAUUCAAGAUUGGAAAAACCAAAAUUUUCAGAAACAGAUUUUACGGUUUCCCAUUAUGCUGGAAAGGUUACAUACCAAACAGAAACAUUUUUAGAAAAAAAUCGUGAUUAUGUUAUUGUAGAACAUCGUAGUUUGAUUUCUUCCUCCAAAUGUCGUUUUAUUUCUGGGCUUUUUGAUUCAUUUCCUGAGGAGACUUCAAGAUCAUCAUAUAAAUUUUCUUCUGUCGCUUCAAGAUUUAAGCAACAACUGCAAGCCCUCAUGGAAACGCUUAACUCUACUGAACCUCAUUAUGUUCGCUGUGUGAAGCCAAACUCAUUGAAUUGUCCUCAAAAGUUUGAGAAUCUGAGUGUCUUACAUCAGUUGCGUUGCGGAGGUGUUUUGGAGGCUAUUCGAAUAAGCCUUGCUGGCUAUCCUAGUCGGAGGACCUAUUCUGAAUUUUUAGAUCGUUUUGGACUGCUAGUUCUGGAACACAUGGAUGGAAGUUACAAUGAGAAGAUGCUUGCGGAAAAAAUUAUGCAAAAGUUGAACCUUCAGAACUUUCAAGUUGCUUGGCAAGAAGUCUCCUUGCAAUGAGGAGAUGUGAAGCUGCUGCUCUUAGAAUUCAAACACAUGCUCGCAGAUGGCUAUCACAACUAGCAUUCCUGAAGCUUCAUUCAGCUGCUUUGAUCAUUCAGUCUAGCAUUCGUAGUUUCACUACUCGCCAGAAACUUGUGUGCAUGAAGGAACAUAAGGCGGCUAUCUUGGUUCAGGCCUGGUGGAAGAUGUGGAAGACAUGCUCACUUUUCCGGCAUCACCGUUGUGCCGCAAUUUCGAUCCAAUGUGCAUGGAAACAGAAACUUGCAAGAAGAAAGCUUAAGAAGCUUAGGAUUGCUUCUAAUGAAGCUGGUUCUUUACGUGAAGCAAAGAAUAAACUGGAACAACGUUUAGAAGAUCUCACCUUGCGUUUAACCAUCGAGAGAAGGCUAAGGACUGCUGCUGAAGAGGCCAAACAUGUUGAGGUUUCAAAACUUCAGAAAUCUUUGGAAUUAUUGCAUGCUGAGUUAAAUGCUGCCAAAUUUGUCAUUGAUGGUGAAUGCAAUAGGAGCUCUUCUCUUUUAAGUGAGAUAAAUAUGCUGAGAAAGGACAAGGCAACUUUGCAACAUAAUCUUGAUAAAUUGACUGGAAUACAGAAGGAGAACCAUUUUCUGAAGAUCUCAAUGGAGUCUCUGGGUAAAAGAAGCUUUGAAUUGGAGAAUGAACUGCAAAAAUCUCAGAAGGAUAGUUUGGUGACUUUAGAAAAAUUACAGGAAACAGAAAAAAAAUUUGUGGGCCUUCAGCAUAAUCUGCAGAGCUUGGAGGAGAAACUGUCUAAUUUACAAGAUGAAAAUCGCAUUCUAAGGCAAAACGCUAUGAACAAUUCUCCAUUGAAUAACCUAGCUGCCGUUACAAAAUCUUUACGAGAGAAGUAUCCCAGUGGGUUCAUUCUUUCGGAUACCAAAAAGGAGCUUAGAUUUGAAACUCCCACACAAACAAAUUAUCCUGUUGCUGUCCCCAAAAGCAUGUCUGAUUCACAUCGACCAAGAAUGAACCUUGAGAGAUAUGAGGAAAAUUAUGAUCUGGUUUUUGGAUGCAUCAAUGAAACGUUUGGUUUUAAAGAUGGUAAACCUGUUGCGGCAUGUAUCUUAUAUAGAUGUCUUCUCCAAUGGAGAGCCUUUGAGGCCGAGAGGACUGCUUUAUUUGACAGCAUAAUUGAGGCAGUCAAUAAUGUUCUUCAGGUGGAAAGGGAGAAUGAAGAUAUCUUGCCAUACUGGUUAUCAAAUACGUCUGCCCUUCUAUGCCUCCUGCAGAGAAAUCUAAGAUCAAAUAUUUUUCUAAAGACACCUAAUCGGCGUUCAGCUGGAUCAACAGGCUUAAGUGGGAGGAUGGCCCAGGCCUUAAGGUCUCCAUUGAAGCUCAUUGGAUCUGAAGAUGGCACUUCACAUGUUGAUGCCAAGUAUCCUGCUCUACUAUUUAAGCAACAAUUGGCUGCUUGUUUGGAGAAGAUUUUUGGAUUGAUUAGGGAUAAUUUUAAAAGGGAGUUAUCACCACUUCUGACUCAAUGCAUUCAGGCACCUAAAUCUAAUCGGGCACCAGCUGGAAGGGCUUCUAGAUCACCUGGACUUUCUCUACAACAACCUAUGAACACUCAUUGGGAGAGUAUCAUUGAAUUUCUGAAUUCACUUUUGGUCCAACUACGCCAAAAUCAUGUACCCUCCUUCUUUAUCCGCAAACUUAUUACUCAACUCUUCUCCUUUAUUAACAUCCAGCUCUUCAAUAGUUUGUUGCUGAGAAGGGAAUGUUGUACAUUUUCUAAUGGAGAGUAUGUGAAGUCUGGACUUGCAAUGCUGGAAAAAUGGAUUUCUGAUGUUACUGAAGAGUUUGCAGGAACGUCCUGGCAUGAGCUGAAUUAUAUCAGACAAGCUGUUGGUUUUCUGGUUAUACACCAGAAAAAGAGGAAGACUCUCGAAGAGAUCAGACAAGACCUUUGCCCUGCACUCAGCGUAAGGCAAAUUUAUCGGAUUUGUACAAUGUAUUGGGAUGACAAAUAUAGCACACAAAGUGUUUCAAAUGAGGUUGUUGCUUCAAUGAAAGAAAUGGUAAACCAAGAUUCUCAAAAUCUAAUGUCAAGUUCAUUUUUGCUUGAUGAUGAUAUGAGCAUUCCAUUCAGCACUGAAGAUAUAUCAAAGGCUAUUCCCGCAAUUGAUCCCAAUGAUGUUGAGCUUCCUCAGUCACUUGAACAUUUUCCAUCAGCUCAGUUUCUUCUGGAACAUUCCGAGGUAAUUCGAGCUUGAUGGUAGAACUUUUGCCGGAAAGCCCAUUCGUGCUCGAUCAUUUGCAAAUAUUGAGCAACCUCCUUUUAUCAAAGAAUAUAUAUACGAAGAUGGGUGAAGACCAGCUGUGUCUUAAGGAUUGCAAAUAUUGAGCAACCUCCUUUUAUUGAUGUAGAUUGCUUCUUUUUGCCCUUUUUUUUUGGAAGAAGCAACCAUAUUUAUAGAAAGAGAGCAUGUAAAUUAUGUCAGAAAUAUCAACAUUUAUAGGUUAAGUAUUCAAGUUGGUCCCGUUCAAUUUGUUUAUAAAAAUUUUGUUAGAGUUGUUGGUUCUGAGCA